AUGUUGUAUCGUCCUCGUUUGCCGGAUGGCCGAAAGGUUCCAUUAUCCUGGCCCAUAGCUCUCUUCAGGCUAACCAACAACAUUUGUUGGCCAUUGGAAGAGAAUGCCUCCUGGCUUGCCGUGGUAUUUGAUCGUUUCUGUUGGUAUUUGGCAUUUAUACUCUUCGUCAUAACAAAUGAUGCCGAAUUUCGUUAUCUUCGGGUAAAUAUCAAUAAUUUGGAUGAAAUGUUGACGGGAGUACCGACAUAUUUGGUGCUGAUUGAAAUUCAUUUGCGUGCCUUUACCUUGGGUUGGAGGAAGCAGGAUUUUCGAAGGUUGCUGGAGAAAUUCUACAGGCAGAUUUAUAUUGAGAGCUCCCUUCAUCCCACAAUUUUCAAGAACAUCCGCAGUCAACUCAUGCCCAUAUUUGUGCUGAGCAGUUUGUAUUUAUCGGCUCUCAUUUCCUAUGUUAUUUUGCCCAUCUAUUUCCUCUCCAUCGGAAGCCGUGAAUUAAUGUACAAAAUGAUACCGGCCUUUGAUUAUAGCCCGUUGUGGAUUUAUUUGCUCUGCUGCCUCAGCAAUUUAUGGAUUGGCGUCAUUGUGGCCACCAUGAUGCUGGGCGAAGCCACGGUGCUGUCCACAUUGGUAUUUCAUUUGAAUGGUCGCUACCUUAUGAUGCGGGAAAAAUUAAUGGCCAAAGUCGAUGUGGUGUUGGAGAAGAAGAAAAGGGAUAAUGGCAAUCAACACAUUGCAGCGGAAUAUAAUAAAAUUUUAGUGGAAACUUUGCAGGAAAAUGUGGCAUUGAACACCUUUGCCCAGGAGAUCCAAAGGGAAUAUUCAUUUCGUCUCUUCGUCAUUGUGGCCUUUAUGGCGGCUUCGCUGUGUGGCCUAGGUUUUAAGGUUUAUACGAGUCCCAUGACCAGUAUCGGCUACAUUUUCUGGGCCAUUGGUAAAAUUCAGGAAAUCUUAGCCAUUGGCACAAUGGGUUCCACCAUUGUGACAAUAACCAACCAAAUUAGCUCCAUGUAUUACGAAUCCAAUUGGGAACUGGUUGUUUUCCAAUCCGAGGAUUCCAAGUCCAAUGCACGUCUAAUGAAAUUGGUUCAGUUGGCUAUUGCAACCAACAGCAAACCCUUUUGUUUGACCGGUUUAAAUUUUUUUACCAUCUCAACGACCACAGCACUGGCAAUACUUCAGGGUGCCGGCUCCUACUUCACAUGUCUCACAUCAUUCCGUUGA